AUGAAGAUACUUAUAGAAGAGUCUACUGAUAACAUAAUAAAAUUCACCUUACGUGAUACAUAUGUAUCUUAUGCCAACGCUUUGCGUAGGAUUCUUAUUUCAGAAGUUCCUACUGUUACUAUUGAUCUUGUAGAAAUAGAAAUAAAUAACACUUCAUUACCCGAUGAAAUGAUAAGCCAUAGACUAGGAUUAGUACCAUUGUACACUAAAAAGGAUCUUGUUUUUAGAGAUGACUGUGCUUGUGAUGAUAUAUGUGAUAAGUGUAGUGUCUCUUUGACACUUAAUGUUUCUAAUAAUACUGAUAUGCCUAUGGUUGUAACAUGUAAAGAUCUUAAAAGUCAGGAUGAUGUGGUAAUUAGAAGUUCGCCAGUUAUCUGUAAAUUGGGUACACGGCAAAAUCUAAAAGUAAUUUGUAAAGCGUUUAAGGGUGUAGGAAAGAUUCACAGUAAGUGGAGUCCAGUAUCAGUAGUCGGCUUUGAAUAUGAUAGUGGUAAUAGAAGUAGGAGUACUACAUACUGGAGAGAAACAGAUGUAGAUAAUGAGUGUAAAGAAGAAGAGGCGAAUCUUAUAGAUGAAAUUACCGAAGUUAAAAUGUGCGUAGAAGUUGUCGAAGGAUUUGGUAGACCAGUAGAUAUUUUAAGAAAAGGAUUAGAGAUUUUGAAGGGUAAGUAUGAGACAUUAAGAAAUGAAUUGAUAAAUUAA